AUGGGUGCUGGAUCCACCACAACCCUGGCUGUGAUAAAACAGUUGCUGAAGAUGAAUGCUCUCUUUUUCUUUUUCCUUGUAUUUGUGCAGAUCAAGAGUUUGGUAAAGUUACCAAACUUGGCUUCAAGUUUUUCUGAGAAUCCCUUGAACCAGGAGCUUCGUUGCUGCAUUUGUCUCCAUCUGUUUUCUGAUCCUGUCACGCUUCAUUCUGGACAUUCAUUCUGCUUUGCAUGUCUGGAGAAGAGCAGGAGCUUUAAGGCAGGUUUAUCUGACAAUCGCUGCCCGGAUUACAGAAUUCUGAACCAGUAUUCUGAAUUUGCACAGAGGAUCCUUAAACUGGAAAACACCGUUGAAAGUUACCAGUCCACCAUUCAGGAAACUGCUGAAGGUGCACCCCAGAGAGGUGUGAACGGAGAGGUGAUGGAACGAAAAGAUGAGCCGCCAUCUUCUCGCCAGGUAGAAGAUGGAUGUGAAGCAAUGUGCAACACUGGAAAAGCUGCUGCUGAUCAUUCAGAUUGUACAGAAAUCAAGUUAUCCAAUAAGUUAAGUAAAAACAGAUCUCAAGUAGCUCCUGUGAUGGUGGACAUUCAAGCAAAGAUUGAACUUGUGGAUGAUCUGCUGGCCAAGGCAAAGGAAAAAGAAGCUGCAGUCAAGACAUCAAACACCAACUUUAAAGCAGAAGUGAAAGCGGUUCUGGAGGAAAUGAUGGAGCUUCUGAGGAGCGACAGCACAGCAAGGAUGGAGUUUCUAGAGACCCAGUUAAGGCAGAGAGAAGAGGUUUUGGAGACUAAUGUUCAAACUCUGUCAAAUCUCCAUAGACAGCUUAAGGAAACUGAGCUCCAGGUUAACACCUUGUUGGAGGAACAAGAUGAAGCUAGAUUUUAUAAAGAGAUCCUGGAGAUUGAGAAACUUGCUGCCAGACUGAUGGUAGAACCUCAGAAAUUUGGAGCAAGUGAUGAGAACGAGGCAAAAGUCACCAUGAACCACAUGUGUGAUGAAAUGGAACGCCACAAUUAUGACCUCCGUCUCAAACUUGGAGCUGCCCAACGCCAUUUACAAAAUAUUCUUAACCCUUCUGAGGUGACUUUUGACUCUGAGACUUUGCAUCCUUGUCUGGUGCUGUCUGAAGAUCUUAAAAGUGUGUCCUUCAGUGCUGUCAAACAACCUUAUCCAGCUGGGCCACAGAGGUUCACCAACUACUUUCAGGCUCUGAGUUCCCAAAGUUUCUCCAAAGGAGAGCACUGCUGGAUUCUGCAAGCCGAAGGUUGCCCAUGGGUUCUGGGGCUGUGCUAUGGGGGGCUGCCCCGCUCUGGUACUGAAAGUGGUCUAGAAAGCAGAAGUGGAGCUUGGUGCCUAAUGUGGUAUGAUAACCUACUUAGGGCAUAUGAAGGAGGAAGAGAGACCCCACUCAAGCGUACCCCAUUUUUACAGAAGCUGGAGAUCCAUCUUAGCUUCAGCAAAAAUUGUGUAGCAUUUUCUAGCAUAAGCAAUGUGACUGGAGCCAAAACUCCUCUCCAUACUUUUAAUGUGAGCUUCACUGAGCCUGUCUAUUUGGCUGUGAGAAUGAUGUCUGGUCAGCCAAAAGCUCGAAUAACACUGUGCGGGUAAUGGUAAAUCUUAAAUCCACCCCCAUAGCACCAGCAUCUCUGGGUCUAUCCCAAGCUCGGGUCUGUGGAAUUGCGCAUGUUCUCCCUGGCUGUGUAGGUUUCCUCCAAGUUCUUCAGUUCCUUCUCACCUUCCAAAACAUGCUGGCAGGUCAACUAGUAACCCUAACCUGCACUUAGUUUUUAUAUAUAUAUAUAUCUAUAUCUAUAUAUAUAUAUAUAUAUAUAUAUAUAUAUAUAGUGCCCUAUGAUGGACUGCCGUAUUGCCAUCUUGUGCCCAGUAGGUUCUGGAUGUACUGCGACCCUGACCUGGAUGAAGCAGCUAUGGAAGAUGUAUGAAUGGGGGAACACAAAGAUUCUUAAUUAUUAUUGUGGAUUACUAAAGUUAGGGGAGGAAAAGCCAUGAAAAUUAUUACUCCUUGUGUCUACAAUAAAAAAAAAAUCCAGUUCUU